CUUCUGAGUUUAUAUAUCUUUCUCCCAUUUUCCAAGUUGUAUACCAAUAUAUCUUCUAUACAACCCUCUUUUUUCAGCUCUGAGUAUACUAAAAACAAUAUUCAUCUCUAAUCAAACUCACAAUCAAUUGCUUCAGUUUCUUCAACUUGAUCUUAAUUUUAUCUCUACUGCUUCUGUCUCUGUUUCUAUUUCUCUAGCUUUCUUCCAAUAUUUUCCAUACAGCCAGCCCUCUUUUUUUAGCUCUGAAUAUACAAAAUAUCAAGACUCUUGAAAAUGGUUGAUGCCUUUGUGUCAUUUGCAGUUGAAAAACUGGGCAAUUUCCUCAUACAAGAAGUUGGCUUGCGUUUAAGUAUCAGAGAGGAUGUGCAGUGGCUGACUGAUGAGCUGCGUUUCAUGCAAUCUUUCCUCAAAGAUGCAGAGGAAAAGCAAAGUGAAGAUCAAAGAGUGCAACAAUGGGUGUUUCAAAUCAACUCUUUUGCUAAUGACGCUGUCGCUAUACUGGAGACUUACAGCUUCGAGGCUGGUAGAUAUAGUGACGAUGGAUUUGCAAGUCGUCUGAAGGCUUGCACUUGCAUCUGUAGGAAGGAGACCAAAUUCCGCAAAGUUGGCAAGGAGAUUCAAUCACUCAAGCAGCGAAUCAUGGACAUCUCUCGCAAACGAGAGACUUAUGGUAUUAGAAAUAUCAAUAAUGUAGGAGAAGGACCAAAUAAUUAUAGGCCAAAAAAUCAGAGAUCUGGCUUAAGGAGAACUACCUCCUAUAUGGAUAAGCAGGAUCAAAUUUUUGUUGGCUUUAAGGAUGUUGUAGAAAGAUUGCUUGCUGAACUUGUCAAAGCAGAGCCACGCCGAACCGUCAUCUCCAUUUAUGGCAUGGGCGGGUUAGGCAAGACUACUCUUGCAAAAAAUCUCUACCACUCCCCUAUUCUAACAGAUAUCUUCAAUGCACGCGCUUGGGUAUGUGUUUCUCAACAGUAUAACACCAUGGAUCUCCUUAAGGAUAUCAUCAAAUACAUCCAAGGACGUGACAGGGAAACUCUAGAUCUGCUGGAAAAGAUGACGAUCACAGAUCUAGAAAAACACCUUCAGGAUCUACUGAAAGAGAAAAAAUACCUUGUGGUGGUUGAUGAUAUAUGGCAGAGAGAAGCAUGGCAAAGUCUGGAAAGAGCACUCCCAGAUAGCAAUAAUGGAAGCAGAGUUAUUAUUACCACGCGCAAUGCGGAUGUGGCCAAAAGAGCAGAUGACAACGGUCUUCCCCAUAACCUUCGUUUCCUAACAGAAGAAGAAAGUUGGGACCUCUUUUGCAGGAAACUACUCGACGUUGAGGCAAUGAUCCCAGCAAUGGAAACGCUAGCUAAGGAAAUGGUGGGCAAAUGUGGAGGCUUACCUCUUGCAAUUGCUGCACUAAGCGGGCUUCUUUCACAUAAAAGGGGGCUAGAAGAAUGGGAAAGGGUGAAGGAACACCUUUGGAACAGUGUGAAAAAUGACUUUAUUGCAAUCUCGGACAUACUAUCACUGAGCUACAAUGAAUUGCCAACUGUGCUCAAACACUGUUUUCUUUACUUUGGUAUUUUUCCAGAAGAUCAUCAGAUUGAUGCUAAAAACCUAAUGUGGUUGUGGAUGGCUGAUGGAUUGAUACCAAGAGGAGAAGAAAGAAUGGAGGAUGUAGCUCAAGACUUCCUGAAUGAGCUGAUAAGGCGAAGCUUGGUUCAAGUGGUACAUACAUUUUGGGAAGAAGCUGUUACAUGUAGGAUUCAUGAUCUACUUCGGGAUCUUGCCAUACAAAAGGCAUUGGAGGUAAACUUCUUUGAAAUUUAUGGUCCGAGAAAGCAUUCCAUAUCCUCCUCAUGUCGCAGACAUACCAUCCAUGGUCAAGGAGAAAGGUACCUCACUCUUGAUAUUUCCAAAUUGAACUUAAGGUCAGUUACAUUCUUUGAUCAAAGAGGUCUUAAGCUGGAUGGGAUAAAGUUCCGCAAUAUGUUCCAACAUUUAUAUGUGCUAUACUUGGAUGAUUCUGUCAGAUUUACACUACCAGAUGCCAUAGGAAGUUUGUACAGCCUCAGAUACUUAAGCUUUACAGGUCGUUGUGGUAUCCCCUCCUCCAUAGGCAACCUCAAGAAUUUACUGACACUCCAGGCCUUUAAUGCAGACUUCUGCCGACUACCUCCUGAGAUAGCUAACCUAGUAAAUCUAAGACAUUUAGUCGUUCGAUAUUCAGAACCUCUGCAACAUAUAAACAAACUCACAAGUCUUCAAGUUCUUAGAGGCAUUUAUUGUGAUCAGUGGCGAGAUGUUAACCCUUUUGAUUUAGUCAAUCUUCGAGAAUUAAGAAUGAAUGAUAUUAAGAAAUCUUACUCCCUAAACAACAUUAGCAGCUUGAAAAGCCUUAGUACUCUCCAACUGGGGUGUGAACUUAAUGAAUCAUUCCCAGCCCUAGAAUUUCUUAGUUCUUGUCAAAAGCUCCAGAAAUUGUGGUUAAUUGGGAGAAUAGAAAAACUGCCUCAAAAGCUCCAGAAAUUGUGGUUAUUUGGGAGAAUGGAAAAACUGCCCCUAUCGGACCCAUUUCCAAAUUCAAUCACAAUGAUGAUCCUUGCUAGGUCAAAACUCAUGGAAGAUCCGAUGCCUAUUCUGGGAAUGUUGCCAAACCUAAGGAAUCUCCAAUUAUUUGAAGCUUAUGAAGGAAAAGAAAUUACCUGCAGUGAUAACAGCUUCAGUCAGCUGGAGUUCCUUCAUCUUAUUGAACUUGAGAAGCUAGAAAGAUGGGAUUUAGCCACAAGUGCAAUGCCUCUGAUUAAAGGUCUUCGUAUCUAUAGUUGUCCAAAUCUAAACAAGAUUCCCCAAAGAAUGAAAGACGUGGAGAAGAUCUGAUUUUUGAUGAAGCUUUUCAAAGCAUAUAUAAUAUCCUAUUUCAAGAGGAAAACCAAUUAGUUGUUGGUGGAAAAUAAAAUGACAGAUGCGGGUACUGUAGCGAACCACUUGAAGACUUUCACAUUGUAGAAGCAUUAAUCAGAUUUCAGGGUUGUCAAUGAGAGCUUAUCUCAUACUUGAAUAUUUUGAUUUGGUUUUUGAGUGUUUAAUUUCCUUUUGUUUUGGGUUUUAUUGAGUAUGCGGAAUUGGUUUGAAUAGAAUUGUUUCUGG